ACACAUCGUUUUCUCUCUCUUUCUCUAAAUGCCCGGUUUUCUGCUUUAUCGCUCUCCUCAGAGAGCCAACCGAUUCCCAGUGGCAUUUUCGUAAAUAUUCCAGAGCCAUGGGCAUUUCCUGCGACGACGAAGACGUCGUGAUAAUCCAGCAGGGGAAGAGCCCCGGCGACCCGACCGUCGUGACAGUCAAUUGUCCCGACGAGCCCGGGCUCGGCUGCGACCUCUGCAGGAUCGUCCUUCAAUUCGGGCUUUGCAUUAGCAAAGGAGAUUUCACGACGGACGGGAGGUGGUGCUAUAUAGUGUUGUGGGUGGUGCCGAACGAGAGCUCGAUGAAGGUGGAUUGGGACAGCUUGAAGGAGAGGCUCCUGUCGGCGUGUCCGUCUUCGUGUUUCUAUAAGGUUUACCUGAAUAUUCAGACCAGUGCUCCGUCGCCGUCGCCGGUUUACUUGUUGAAGUUUUGGUGCUUUGACCAGAGGGGGUCUCUGCAUGAUGUUACUAAGGUGCUGUGUGAGCUUGAGAUUCUGAUUCAGAGAGUGAAAGUUAUGCCAACGCCGGAUGGGAGGGUUUUGGACCUGUUCUUCAUCACUGAUUGCUUAGAUUUGCUGCACACACAAGAAAGGAGAGAUCAUAUAUGUGAACAUCUGAUGGCUGCCCUAGGAGAGUAUUGCAUCACCUGUGAGGUUCAGUUGGCAGGGCCUGAAUAUGAAAGUUUGCAGGGAAAUUAUUCUCUUCCGUCAGCUAUUGCUGAAGAGUUAUUUAGCUAUCUGCCAACAGAUGACAAAGCUUCUUCAAAAGCUCUCAGCCCGAGUUCGGCAACUUUGAAAAACACAAGUAUUAUGGUGGAUAAUACACUGAGCCCGGUUCAUACAUUGCUGAAAAUACAAUGUGUGGAUCAGAAAGGCCUCUUUUAUGACAUACUAAGGACGUCCAAGGAUUGCAACAUUCAGAUUUCCUAUGGUAGAUUCUCAUCUACUGUGAAAGGCAUCCGAAACUUGGAACUGUUUAUACAGCACAAGGAUGGGAAAAAGAUUUUAGAUCCUGAAAGACAGGUUGCAUUGUGUUCUCGGUUGAAAGAGCAGAUGCUUCACCCACUGAGAGUGAUUGUUGCCAACAAGGGUCCGGAUACUGAACUCCUAGUCGCUAAUCCAGUUGAGUUAUCUGGAAAAGGACGGCCCCUCGUCUUUCAUGAUGUUACUCUUGCACUGAAAAAGUUGGGAUUAUCCAUUUUCUUGGCUGAAAUUGUAAGGCAUGCGACUCAAGAUUGCCAGUGGGAAGUCUAUAGGUUUCUUUUGGAUGAUAGUCGUGAAUUUCCUUUGGGGAGCACAGAAGCUAGAAAUAAGAUCGAACAAAGAGUUAGAAGAACAUUAAUGGGAUGGUGAGCUGUUACAUCUGCUACUCUUUUGAUGAUUUGCAGUAGCGAUCCAGUAAGUUUGGCGUAAGUUUGGCUUACAACAAUUCUCGUAUCAGAAUGAUUAUAGUUAUCUGCAGCAAUGUCAUGUAGAGUCUACUGGCUAAUAAUUAAGCAGUAGGAAGUCCGUAGUUGUGUGCUAAGACACUUCUCUGAGACUACAGAACUAUGUUUAUCUUGAGCCGCAAGGCGCGUCGCUUGAAUGUGCAACUUUUGUUAUAUGUUUCAGACAUCUGUAUAUGUUUCCCUUUAUUUUUAUCUUGUGCAAGAACUGACAUCCUAGCUCUGUAACUUCUGUAUACUUGCAAGUUUGAAACACAUGCAUGUUGUAUUUCUAUCUUCAAGUGCUUUCUUCUUCACAUCUUUC